AUCAAUGACAUCAUUCAUGAAGGGCAAGGGUGAGGCUGGGAGAGAGCUCGAGCAGGGAAGAGGUGGCACGAAGAAUGCUUUUGGAAGGUUGAAACACACAAGCUUGGAUUAACCCUGAAUAUUUUGAGCAUUUCUCUUAGGUCAGGAAGGUUUUCUCAUAAUGAAGUGCUCUCUUGGACUUUUUCUGUUGGUCUGUUGUGUGACUCUUAGCUUAGGCGUUAAGCAUUAUGGAAUCCGAUUCUCCUCUGCAGGCUCGUCUCUUCGAUGCUACAAGUGUGAGGAUUACACCGGGGGCCGAUGCACAGUGCAGCAAGUUUGUUCUUAUGAGGAUGCAUGUUUAUAUCUUCACGAGAAAGGUGGGAAGACCAUUCGCCGGUGCAUUCGUUACACUGACUGUGAUAACUCUCGUCUGUCCCAGAAGUUUCCAUCGAUAUCAGAAUAUACUUACAGGUGCUGCAACACUGACCUGUGUAACAGCGGACCAGCGACCGCGUCAAGCACGUGGAUCUUAUCCCUGCUGGCGUUGCUCACCAGCCUCUGGUCCUGCUGCAUCACUGCUUGAUUUCUCAUUAGUGUCCUCGAAGGCUAUUUCUUGCCAUACCCUUUAUGGACAUCUAUGUAUUUACUAUGUACCAUUAUUUGUGUUUGUUUGGUUUUAACUAACCACUUACAUAUCAAAGAGCACUGUUUGUUGUAAAUUAUUUUUAUUCUAAUACCAUUCUUUUCUGACUUUUUAAUUUAAAAAUUUUAUUUUUAUUUUGUCAUAUUUGAUAAGAAUGCAGCAAAAUGUUUGAUCUUCCCAUAAAUUACCUUUGUAUGUAGUAUAUUUACAUUAAUAAAUUAACUAAUUAAA